AAAUACAAGUCCCUCACUCCAUCUAUUCUCUCUCUGCUUCUGCAGCUAGCUUCACAUACUCAACACCCUUCUUCUGUUCUCUGUCCAAGUUCCUUGCUCUACAGAAUCAAUAUAAUUCCAUGUGCGUAGCUUCUUGCUCUAAACAACAAUCUGGGUCUUCGACAUCUCGUUGGCUUCUUCAACUCUUGCUGCAAAGUUUGAAGCUUUUGCUUCUCCAAAAUCUGAUAUAUCCAGUGUGAUGAAGAUGUGCUGAUAUUAUAUCUAAAUAGUGCUGUUUCAGACAAGUACCCAGUAAAGCUCUUGUGUUAUAUUUCGCGGCGCAGUUCUUGUUGAGACUUGAAGUUGCAGAAAUGGAUACAGCUAGUAAGAGCUGGGAGCAGAAGUCACUGGUGGGGGAGAUCAUUCAAGGGAUGGAGUUAGCACAACAGUUGAGGCUGAGUCUGAAUGCAACAUCAGCUUCAUCAGAAAACAGGGAAUUCUUGGUGCAGAGGAUAUUGAGCUCAUAUGAAAAGGCCCUCUUGCUAUUGCAAUCGAGUGGCUCGCCUCAGACAUCUCAUGUGGACAUAAAAUCCACCGUGAUUCAGGAGUCUCGUAUGUCUGCCAAUACUAGUCCUUGUGGUGAUGACUAUAAACACAUGAGUUUCAAUGAUCAUCAGGAUCUGCAAGAAAUUUCCAAAAAGAGAAAGAGCAUCGCCAAAUGGACUGACCAUGUCAUAAGGAUUAGCUCCGAGAAUGGGAUUGAAGGACCUCAUGAAGAUGGCCAAAGCUGGAGAAAAUAUGGGCAGAAAGAUAUUCUAGGAGCCAAAUAUCCUAGAAGCUAUUACAGAUGCACCUUCAGGAACACACAGAACUGCUGGGCUACAAAGCAAGUGCAGAGAUCAGAUCAAGACCCAACCACAUUUGAAAUCACAUACAAAGGAAAGCAUACCUGCUCUACUGGCAGCAAUUCAGUUCCACCACCACCAUCACCAGAACAGGUUGAGCAAAAAAGACACAAGCGUGAGAACAUUUCUGAACCACAGCAGUCUCAAGUGGGGCAAAUGAGCUUUCCAAUUAAUCUGAGAGUCGAUACUGAGAAUUUGGAAGACAGAGAUAUGAUGGAAUCUCCAUGUCCUAUUACUUCGACUUCGUUUGGAUGCACAAUGAGUGGAGAUGACUUCCUAUCUUCGAUGUUUGAUAAUAAUAGUUUCUUUGGAAACUUCUCUCAACCUAUGCUAUCUCCAGUCACAGGAACUGAUUACUACUUGGCACCACCAAGCCAAAUGAGAAACGUUGCAGUAAAUGAGCAGAUUUCAGAAUCUGAUCUCACUGAGAUAAUCUCUGCCACCAAUUCCUCAACCAAUUCUCCAAUUCCAGACAUGGAUUUCCCUCUGGAUCUAGGGGAACUCGACCCCAAUUUCCAAUUUGACACUCCAGGUUUUUUUUUAUAAUUCUACUUGGGUUUGAGGAUAAAAAUAAGUAGCAUUUAGGUUGCUGCUAGAUUGUUAGAAGUCUUUGAUCAACCAUGUAUUAUAGGAAGGGAAGAAGACUUGUAAAACAUGAGUUCUUUUUUCCUGAUGUUGGCCAAGGGUAGGAUUCAUUAUUAUAACAAGUUUUCCAAGUACUUUUCUCUUUAAUUCGAA